CUCUCUCCCUCUCUCUUUGUUUUUGGCUGUAAGCUGUAACAUGUUCUGGGACACUGUAAGAAAAAGACUCAAAACCCAACUCAACCUUGGGUUUAUCGAAAUAAAAAACCUUACAAGUUACCAAUUUGCUUAUCUUAUUCUUAGUUCUUACCCAGUUAUCCUCAGUAUUUCAAAUUUGAAAACAGUUUUAACCCUUCCUUUGAUUUCCAACUCCCCAUGCUAAGUUAAGCCCGCGUCUCACUCUCUCUUUCUUUGACUGCCUCGGUCACACCCCACAUUGUCUUGACCAACAAUCUCCAGAUUUUUAAACCUGUUAUCUUUCAGACAUUUCAUCAAACAGGUUUCUCAUUUCUUUUCUCUCAAACAUGGAUGAACAACCCCAAAAAAAUGAAAAGCUUGAAGCUUUUCCUGUCACCAACACUAUCAAAGACCUUUGCUUGAAUAAUAACAGCGUUAGCGUUUCUGGGUCUGAUUCUAAUGUUAGUUCUAGCAAUAAUGGAAGUAGCAGUAAUAGUUUUCAAGAUGCUAACUUCAAUAAGAAUAAUUUUAGCAUUAGUUUAUGUUGUAGUAAUUCUGAGUCAGCCAAUAAAAUUAGUGUUAGUAGGAAUGCUGAUUCUGUUACUACUGACUGUGAAGAGAGUGAAAAGAGUAGUCUUGAUGCAAAUGAGUGUAGUAGUUUUAGGAGUUUUUGUCCAUCCAAACCUCAUAAAGGAAAUGAUAUAAGAUGGGAUGCAAUACAGUAUGUUAAGGGUAAAGAUGGGGACUUGGGGUUAGCUCAUUUUAGGUUGUUGAAAAAGUUGGGGUGUGGAGAUAUAGGGAGUGUUUAUUUAGCUGAAUUAAGAGGGAUGGGAUGUUUGUUUGCAAUGAAGGUUAUGGAUAAAGGGAUGUUAGCUGGGAGGAAGAAGAUAAUGAGGGCACAAACUGAGAGAGAAAUAUUGAGUUUGUUAGAUCAUCCAUUUUUGCCAACCCUUUAUUCACAUUUUGAGACUGAGAAGUUUUCUUGCUUGUUGAUGGAGUUUUGCAGUGGCGGGGAUCUUCAUAUUCUCCGGCAGCGACAGCCGGGCAAGCAUUUUUCGGAAGCAGCUGCAAGGUUUUAUGCUUCAGAAGUCCUUUUAGCCCUUGAGUAUCUACACAUGAUGGGUGUGGUAUAUAGGGAUUUAAAGCCUGAAAAUGUAUUGGUGAGAGAGGAUGGCCACAUCAUGUUAUCUGAUUUUGAUUUGUCGUUGCGAUCUUUUGUCAAUCCUACCCUUGUGCAGUCCAGUUCCGAGCCAUCAUCUAGAAUCGCUUCAUACUGUAUUCAGCCAGCCUGCAUUGAUCCAGCCUGCAAACUACCCGUAUGUGUAGAGCCUGCAUGUUUGCAGCCAUCUUGCUUUAAACCUCGGUUUCUCAGUUCCAAAGCAGCAAAGGUGAAAAGUGAAAGAACAAAUUUGGUGAAUUCAGAUUCAUUUCCUGUGCUUAUUGCAGAGCCAACUAAUGCCCGCUCCAUGUCAUUUGUUGGAACCCAUGAAUAUUUAGCUCCUGAGAUAAUUAGAGGAGAUGGCCAUGGGAGUGCUGUUGAUUGGUGGACAUUUGGUAUUUUCUUGUACGAAUUAUUGCUGGGAAGGACUCCGUUUAAAGGCAAUGGUAAUCGGGAGACAUUAUUCAAUGUGGUUGGUCAGUCCCUAAAAUUUCCUGAGGGAUCUUCAAUCAGUUUUGCUGCAAAGGAUUUAAUCCGUGGUCUGCUUGUGAAGGACCCACAAAAGAGACUUGGGUUCAAAAGAGGUGCCACAGAGAUCAAGCAGCAUCCUUUCUUUGAAAGUAUUAAUUGGGCUCUUAUUCGCAGUACACAUCCUCCAGAAGUUCCUAAACCCUUUGAUAUCUCAUUUCUAAAUCUGGCAUUUAAGUCAUCCUUGCCUCCAAACGAUAAGGGAGCCACAGACUCAGACAGGUCAUCUGGUCCUUACUUAGAUUUUGAUUUUUUCUGAAUUUUGGCGGGAAGCUAUAGUGGUUAUUCUUGAGGUGGUUAGAUUGUUGAUGUGUGUUCAUGUUCUCAAUGAAAUCUUAUCUCCUUUGCCAGAUAACUUACUUUUUUUUCCAUCAUAAGUAAAUGUCUUACUGAUGUGAUUCCUACAGUUGCUAUCCGGCAACAAUUGGCGUAUAAUGGGGACGAUGAACCCACUUGAAACAUGAAUUCCUUUUUAAUUACUUCAAAAAGAGGACAAAAAUUGAAGCAACUUUUGCUGUGAGUUGUCUUUCAUUCCCCUCUUUUGUGCCUUUAGUCUCAUAUUGUGGACCUCCAAUGGUGGGGCUUAAGCCGCUUUUCCAUACUCACUCCUGGUCUAAAAUCUGGACUCACCCAGUUAUUCUCUAAAACUUUAUCUGCAAAUGAACUUUUGCUAAAGAAACUGAAACCAGACAAAUCAUAGUAAAGGGUUGGUUUUGUAGAACUGUUGAUGCAUCUAGCAAAUGAGGAAAUGUUGUGUCACUUUCCUAUUGGUAUUCUGUUUCUUAUAUUUGCUUUGAACUUUAUGUGUCCGUUCUAUCUUGAAUUGCUCCUGCUAUUGCU